AUGGGUUCGAUCACCCCAACCAGCUGCCAGCAUGCACGAGCAGGCUAUCGUAUCCGCGAAACACCCAUGGGGACGCGUCGCCCUAUGAAGGUUAUCUUCAUGGGCAUGGGCGCCGCGGGGAUCAACUUCGCCCAUUCCGUGGCCACGCAAACACAUAAUGUCAGUUUGACUAUCUACGAAAAAAGCAGCGAUCUUGGUGGCACAUGGCUCGAGAACCGGUACCCGGGAUGCGCUUGUGAUAUCCCCAGUGUGUGCUACCAGUUUAGCUGGCAACGAAAGCCUGACUGGUCGAAGUACUAUGCCGGGUCCCGCGAGAUCUUCGGCUAUUUCAAAGAUGUGGCCGUGAGCAAUGGGCUGGAGCGAUUUGCCAAGUUCAAUCAUCAAAUCGUUGGGGCCGAGUGGCUAGAUUCCAUUUCCAAAUGGAGGAUCACGGUCGUGCGCGACCAGGACCCGACCACCGCCUUCGACGACUAUGCCGAUUUCUUUCUGAAUGGUGGCGGUCACCUCAAUACGUGGAAAUGGCCGGAGAUCCGGGGACUGGACACCUUCAAUGGACCUCGACUUCACAGUGCAAACUGGGACGAUGCGGUCGAGUUGGAUGGCAAACGCGUGCUGGUGAUUGGAGCUGGCAGCUCGGCGGUGCAGAUUGUCCCCAACAUUCUCCCCAGUGUCGACCAUUUACACAUCGUCGCUCGCUCCCCUACCUGGAUAACAGCCGGUUUUGCACCCAAGUACGCAGGCGCCGGAGGUGCUAACUUCGAAUAUUCCGAGACCACAAAGCAGCAGUUCCGAGACGAUCCGGAGUUGUACCUGCGGUACUGCAAGGCCAUUGAGUCGGAGCUUAACGUCCGGUUUCGACUGGUCGUCAAUGACUCUCCCGAGGCUCUGCAGGCGCGCAAGUUUUCGGAGGCCCAGAUGAAGGAAAAGCUGGCGAAGAAAUCAGACUUGAUUGACAAGCUGAUGCCCAAGACCUUCGGGAUUGGUUGUCGUCGACCGACUCCCGGCAACGGGUUUCUCGAAGCACUGACGGAGGACAAGACCACGGUCUGGACGGAGGACAUCAAGGCAAUCACACAGACGGGCUUUGUCAGUGCCGACGGCCAACACCAUGAGGUGGAAAUCAUCGUCUGCGCCACGGGCUUUGACACCACCUUCCGCCCUCGUUUCCCCCUUAUCGCCAAUGGCCGCAACGUCCAGGACGAGCCCGCCGACGCCCCCGCGUACCUCGGUCUUAACCUUCCCGAAAUUCCCAACUAUUUCAUGUUCAGCGCCCCCUACGGACCCCUAGGCCACGGCUCGGCGCUCCCUAUGAUCGAGGCCUUCACUAAAUACAUUCUCCAUAUCAUCAGCAAGGCCCAGGUAGAGGACAUUCGCCGGAUCCAGGUCUCACGUCAAGCCGCCGAAGAAUUCACCCGCCACGCAGACCUCUAUAUGAAGCGGACAGCCUGGUCUGGCCCUUGCAGCUCGUGGUUUAAGGCGGGCCAAGUCGGCCGCAAGCCGAAGCUCUGGCCGGGCUCACGAAUUCAUUACUUGACUGUCCUCCAGGCGCCGCGAUAUGAAGACUAUGAGAUUUCGUAUCUAACUAGUAAUCGGUUUAACUACCUUGGGGAUGGAUUUGAAGUACGGGAGUAUGACGGGCGAGAUUUGACCUGGUAUUAUGGUUUAGUGGAUGGACAAGAUGUGCAGCCUGCGGAGGUUCCCUCGCCCAUGUACUAG